CCCGUUUCGGGCCACGCGGCCCGUGUCCCGAGCUGGGCUGGGCUCUGGGCGCAGGGAACCACCGCCCGAGGGGCCCCAGGCGUGCUGCGGGGUGUGGAGUACGCGCCUUUUUUCCAAGCCUUGGCUGCAGUUUAUUGAGCACCUACUAUGUGGCAGCCCCCGGAUCCAACGCUUUGACUGACAUCAAUGGCUCACUGCCUGGACAGCAGCCCUACUGAGCAAGGCAGGUCCUUCUGGCAUUCCUGUGGAGGCUCAUCCUGAUUGGCUGAGCUUGCCCUACUCCAGUGAUUGUCCAACUUCUGGGACUCUGGGCUCACUGACCGCCUGUCCCUGGGAAGAUGUUCCUGGUGGGCCUGACAGGGGGCAUUGCCUCGGGCAAGAGCUCAGUGCUCCAGGUGUUCCAGCAGCUGGGCUGCGCCGUGAUUGAUGUUGACGUCAUCGCCCGACAUGUUGUGCAGCCAGGAUACCCCGCCCACCGGCGCAUCGUGGAGGCUUUUGGCACUGAGGUCUUGUUGGAGAAUGGAGACAUCAAUCGCAAGGUCCUGGGGGACCUGAUAUUUAACCAGCCCGACCGGCGGCAUCUGCUCAACACCAUCACUCACCCUGAGAUCCGCAAGGAAAUGAUGAAGGAGACCUUCAAGUACUUUCUUCGGGGAUACCGCUACGUGAUUCUGGAUAUCCCUCUGUUGUUUGAGACCAAGAAACUGCUCAAGUACAUGAAGCACACAGUGGUGGUGUACUGCGAACGGGAAACGCAGCUGGCACGCCUGAUGCGACGGAACAACCUGAACCUCCAGGAGGCAGAGGCUCGGGUCAGUGCUCAGCUGCCCCUGAAGGACAAAGCCCGCAUGGCCCGCCACGUUCUGGACAACUCGGGCGAGUGGAGCAUCACCAAACGCCAGGUCAUCCUGCUGCACGCCGAGCUGGAGCGCUCCCUGGAGUACCUGCCCCUGAGGCUCGGGGUGCUCACCGGCCUGGCCGGCAUUGUUAGCCUCCUCUACUUGCUCACCCGCUACCUCCUGCCUUCCCCCUAGCUGGGCACUCCGGGCCUGGAUCUCCCCGGAAGCUAGGUAACGAAUGCAUCCUGUUUCCUCUCGGCCUCUUCAGCGCUCUCUCUCUGUCUCUCUCUGUCUCUCUCUCUCUCUCUCUCUCUCUCUCUAUAUAUAUAUAUAUAUAUAUAUAUAUAUAUAUCCCUUCUUUGGGGUACAUUCUGAGGCAGAGAAACAUCCCUGUCCGUAGAUAUUCCUUCCCACCUUCCCUGGGGCUCCUCCCUCUAGAACCACUUACAGGGUCCGCAGUGGGACAUGAAAGCAGCCGUGGGAGACUAUUAGCAAUUUCUUGUGGGUGGGGGUGAGGAACACUAUCCCUGUGGCCCAGCAGUGUUUAAAGCUGGGAGGUUCCCCAGGCUCGGACAUGCCCGAGGAGCUGAGCACUUGCUCCACUGUGUCCCAAACCUCCGUCAUGGACCAGGCAAAUCAUUUCAGACCCAGGGCUACCACCUUCAGACAGGACCCUCCCUUAGGCUGAUGCCUUGGACAGGAUGCUGUGAGGAUUCCCUGUGGGUAACGCGGUAGUUGGCAGAGGCCAGGCCUCUUCUGGGAUGACCCGCUCUCCCCCUUGGGCAUUUGUCCAAUACUCCCCUUACCCUGCUCACCACCUCCUCCCACUCUGUACCUUCCGUUCCCUGUACUCCUAGCCCUGAACUCUUGGGAGUCCAUGUGCACCAGGCUGUUUCUGACCUCUGUGCCUUCGCUGUGCUAUUCCCCCACCUGGAAUUGUUUGUGUGUGUGGUUUCCCCCCCGAUAACUGGCUCCCAGCUCAGGCUGUCUGAAGCCGCAGGCUGGGUUAGGUGCUCUGUGAUACCACCCUCAUAUUUUAUCUGGAUCCAUAAUAUAGUAAUCAGCCCAAAGCUGGUUGGUCUCUCUACUAGAUUGUAAGCCCUUUGAGGGCAGGGGCUGUCUUGUUCAUCUCUUCCUGGUGCAGAGCCUGCCUUAAUAAAGAGUGUUGAU